AUGAGUUGGAUUCACGCUUCUCUUCAAGCUUUGUUAUCGAGUUCAGUUGGUGCUACAUCUGCAUUAGAGAUUUGGACGCGAUUAGAGCAGAGUUUUGCGGUUGGGAAUACUGCCCAGGUGCGUCAUUUAAAACACGCAAUUCAUCAUUUGGAACGUAAUACAGACUCGAUUGAAGUCUAUAUGCAGCGAGCAAAAUCCCUUAGUAAUCAACUUCUUGCACUUAAUAAUCCGAUUUCAAGUGAUGAUCUUGUUGGAGCGAUUCUUGAUGGGUUGGGACAGGACUAUCGUCCUUUUGUGCGUUCCAUUGAAGCGAAACUGCAGAUGCCCUCUUAUGACGAAUUGUAUGGUUUAUUGUUGUCUGAAGAAUUGCAGCAGAAAAAAUAUGAAAAUUCUAGUUCUCCAAUGACUGCGUUGCUUACAACGCCUGCGAUGGGGUUUUCUAAUUCGAAUGGUCGUGGAAGGCGUGGUGGUCGAGGUAAUCGAGGCGAUAAGAGUGGUGGUCGGUUUCAGAAUUAUCAGAUGCCUACUGUUCAACCACAGCAAUCUCAGGACAAUGUCCAAGUCAACGCCGAACGGUUUUGCCACCACCACAAGCUUAUCAUACAGUUUCGGUUCCUGUUGGUUCGGCUCACGCUUGGAAUGCUGCUUCAGGUUCACAGGUGCACAGCCAUAGCCUUGGAUUGUUGA